AUGUCAAAAAUUUACGCGAUCAGUCCUCCAUCGAAUGAUCUGCACGACAAAAAAGAUACUCCGCUUCUUCAUCAUUCGAACAACACGCAAUAUAUUCCGCCAAAGGAAGCAGCGCACCUAUUGUGCAAUAUUAUAUAUUUUAAUUUCCACAGUAUUUCGGUGGAGCGUCGCGCGGUGCGCUUACUGAGCAGACGUUACACUCUGACGGUCACGGGUUACAAAUUUCUGGAAAUUGGAAUCAACGUUGGUCCACCGAGUUACGUGGAGAUAGCUCUGGGAGAUCAUCGGGGACAGAAAUUGAUACUGUCUCUCGAAGCGUGGAAGGGAUUCUACGAGCAGCGAUGGAAUAUCUACAAAUUGCUGCGAAACGAUUACAAAGAUAAUUUUAUAAGCGUCGGACCGUUAAUCGUCAGAGUUUACCAGAUGAACGAUGUUACACUCGUACGUCUUGAAUCUUUGAACGUACGCGUAACGAUGAUCGACCCUGCGCCAUAUGUUUGAUCUGGACGAAUGUAUCGAUGUGACGUUCGAUCGACUCGUCAGAUUCGUCGAUACGAUACCAAGUAUAUGCGAUUCUCCAACAUCGCGUCUGUUGUAACAGAUCCCGAGAAAGUGCCGAACGCGAUACACGAUUGCGAUACCUUCGAUAGACGUCAACUCGUCGAUUGCGAGCUGUUAGCUUUAGUUUUUAGUGUAUA